AGAAAAGAGGAAACUACCACAAUGUCGUUUACAGGAUACACAGCUCUUCUCCUACUCCUUGGAGUCAUCACUCCAGGAUACACAACUGAUCCAGAGGAGUGCAACUUUACAAAAAAGACAGCAGAAAACAAAGACUAUAAACUUACAGUCUCUCCCAAGACCCUCUACAAUAAUACUGUGUAUACAGUUAAUGUCACUGGCAAUGGCAAUGAGAGUGUCAAAGUCCUCCUCCAGGCUCUAUCAAACAACACAGUUGUUGGAAAUUGGUCAAUACCGACUCAAAGUGUUGAUUGUUCUGGAAAACCACUGCUGAAUUUCACCUUUAAUGCAAAUAAUUCACUCUUUACUAACUGGACCUCGCCAUCAUCCUCAAUUCCUGAUUCUGUUGAUAUAAAUGUCUUCAUCACAAAAGAAAAUGUGACUUACACACUCUCAGAAAAGCUGCAUUCCAGUUCAGCAAAUGCAAUUUUUCCAAUUCAUCCACUUUCAGUGUUCUUAACAAGCCUACUUGUGAUCACCAGCAAGCUGUUAUGA